AUGGGAUUAUCUUUGGCAUUUUAUGGGCUUGUGACCGUAACAUCUGACUUUGACAACCAAAUACUUAUUUUACCUUCUGUGUACACAAUGCUUGUAACCCAGAAUUUUGUUGUUGUGGAAUCGUGGAGGAACUUUCAUUUCCAUUCAUUUGAUGCAUGUGUUCCAUUGGAGCAUGAGGCUUUUGAAAUCCUUGGUUCCAUAUCUGUGAAGACAUUCACAUAUGAGUCACUGAACAACAUUGCAAGGUUCAUAAAUGGAAUGUCAGCGCUCUUAUUGACACUAUUACCUGGAAAAGGCAACAUUUUAGAAGGCAUAAGUGGCUGGGAACUUAGGCCAGCACUCCGUGGGCCGCGUCUUCCUCGUUGGAUGGAAAGUGGGGUAUCUUCGUUUAAUGAGUUCAUCCAUGAACUUUCUGUUGAUUCGGAUGCUGAAUCAAUUGCUGACUCUGUCACUGGGGAUGAUGAUCAUGAAGAGUUUGUCUGCCCUGCAUCUCCAAUGUCCCAAAGUUCACGGUUAUCGCACGCAAGCAGCUUUGGUAGACGUGAUCGUCGACUGAGGAGACAUAUCAGAUAUGCAGUUUCUUGGAUACUAUGGCCAUUGAGAUUCUUUCUUUCUUUAAUAUUCAUUCUGUUCAAUGCCAUUAAAUUUCGGAUGGUAAGGUCAACUGCUAAAGGUGCAGAAACUCCUCAUCUCUCAAGAACUGGUCUUGCCAAGAAAUCAUUUCAUAUAAGGGAUCAGUUUGUCCAAAGCACAACCGAUAGGAAGCGUGGAGUUUUUGAGGCAGUAAUUGAGAACUGA